ACUACGAACUGCCAGCCGCAACACGAGCGCUUGUCAGUUUUACGAAGCCGACAAAUAAACAUUCACUUUCCCUCUUAGUUAAAGUUCGCAAAAAUCGUAAUUUACCAACGGGAAACUGAAUGAAAUCGUACACGAAUGGCUAAAAAACCGGGCCCUAUCAAACUGCUGCGAAUAACGAACCUGUAUGAUGUGACCGCCAAACAGCUGUGUCUCUACGUGCAGGGGCUGCACCGUCACAUACGCUUGCAAAGAAACCGAAUACAGAGGCUGAAAAAGAAAAUAAACUCACUGCGACUGCAACGAAAGUUCCUAAACGUAAACAAUGCGGCGAACCAGGAACAACCACCAGUUGAAGCGGAAGAAUGCGCGCCGGAACAGGCUGAUCUGGUGGAACCGCUGGACAUAAAAGCCUUUGUGGACGAUAUCAAGAAAACGGCUCAGGAUGUGGAUAUUCAGAAUAGAUACAUUUACGAGCCCACGUCCGGGUUGUAUUACGAUCCUGCCACGGGAUAUUACUAUAAUUCGAUUUACGGUUUACAUUACGAUGGCCAUCGUGGCUGCUAUUUGAAGUAUAAUGAAGAAACCAAGGAAUAUGAUUUCUACUCGCAAGUCAUUCCCGAAACAAUGUUAGAAACCGAACCCAAUGCCAAACAAAAGAAAGCGAAACGCACCGAUGCAUCCCGCGACAAAGACGCUGCGAAAAAGACGCCCGAUAGCGAGGACAGCGAGAGUAGUAGACGGCGCCAUAGCCGGAAGCGUAACCGGAGGCACAAAAAACGCAGCCGCCGUAAGCAUCGCCACCGGUCACGUUCAUCGCGCUCGGCGUCGGAUUCGAGCGACAGUAGCGAUUCCGUGCCGAAACGGUCCAAAAAGAAGCGUAAAUCGAAACGCAAACAUCGUAAAUCUUCGUCGGACGAUGGUGUGAAGGAGGAGGGCGAGCUGGAAAGUAGCGAAAGCAGUGGCUCGAAGUCGGUGGAAUCGGUUAUAGUGGUGAAAUCGAGCGACGAGAAUAGUGCCGAUUCGGCUGAACAGUUUAAAACGGGCUAUAAAGAUGUGGCCAAACGAUACCCACCGUCGCUGCGUAUGAUAGUACAGGAAACCAACAUAAAGGACCUUAAGAUUGGUUCACUGUUCAUUGUGACCUGCAAGGGAGGCACGCUGGGUCGGGAGGGCAACCACGAUGUCAUCAUUCCCGACAUUAACGUGUCCAAGAAGCACCUCCAGUUCAUGUACAACGCCCGGAAAGCGACCUACCAGUUUGUGGAUCUUGGAUCGCGCAACGGAACCCUUUACAACGGGGUGCGGGUAAAGCUGAACGACCAGCAGUCCCAGAGCGAUCCGCAGAUGCUGGCCCACGGCAGUGUGCUCCAGCUAAACCAAACCAAACUGCUGUGCCACGUGCACGAAGGUAACUCAACGUGCGGAAAGUGUGAACCGGGGCUGCUGGUGAACGCAGAACCCGUCGUCGCGCCGGAAAUUGUUUCGAAAAUUACGAAACCCGUCUCGCACAAGGAAGGACUAAAGCUGAUACAGAAACGAUUCGGGCUGGAGAAUGAGAAAUAUGUCGGUGGAAAGAAUGGCGCUGAGAGUGGAAACAGCGUCGACUACAAGGACCGGGCAGCCGUCCGCAGGAAGGUUAAGGGCAGCUCGAACGAGCACGAAAAAACGCAGGUCGCUUCCCUGGAUCAAUCGAUCGCCAGUAACAACAAAGGCUUCCAGAUGCUUUCCAAGCUCGGCUGGAACGAGGGCAAACCGCUCGGCAAGAACGAUUCCGGACUAACCGAACCGAUAGCGCUCACCUCGAACGUGGGAACGUCGGGCCUUGGCAGUCAGAAUCAGAUGGCAAUGGGUGGGCCACAUAAUGCGCAACCGGUCGAUCCCCGGCGGCACAGCAUUUGGCGCAAAACGCAGGAACGCUUCGAGCGGUCGACGGUGUUCAAGAAGGAGAGCAGCGAUGAAUCGGAGUGAAGCUGUAAAGGGGGGUGUGAAGUGGAAGAAUAAACGAUUGUGAAUACACCGUA